AUGCCGUGGAGUGAAAAGAUGGUCAUGCGUUCGCUUGAGAAGUGGAGUGCAGUGUUUGCGCGAGAGGGAGAGGAGACAGAGGGACAUGACGACGACGAUGAAGAGAUGAUUCCUGUCUUGGAGGAGCCUAAUCCCCGCUCCUCGACGUCGUCAGGUGAUGUGGCUGUGGAGCGGCUGGCCCCUCCGCGACAAGCAGUGCGAUCUGGUUUGUCGAGUAACGGCAUUUGCUUCGAGGUGCCGCCUGGACGACAUCUUCAGGAGUCCGUCAAGCACGGACUGAUAAAGGUAGAGACGAUAUGCGUAAAAUGGCUCGUGAAGUUGCUUGGGCUAAGAACUCAUUGGUCCGUGAACAUGGCUGGUCACCAGUUGCUUUGGUGUUCGGACGGGAGCCUCGAGUCUUCGGAGAGCUUCAUUCACAGGGGAAUCCUACUUCGUAUCAUCCUUCAGUGGGAGAUCCAGGCGCGUCAGAUGCUGCUACGCACUGCCCAUAACAGGACUCGGCGGCUCCCCAUUCCGAAGAUAGGUCCUGGCUAUGUUGUGGGAAUUCAGGACCGCAACGCCUGGGUGACAUGUGGUGGCAGGUGUUUCUUGGUGGCUGGUGAACACCUUAAGGAAGCCAUAGGAGAUGAGCAGCAUUAUGGGGAUCCUGAACUCCAGAAGGCCUUGGCUCUUUUCAAGAAGAUUCCCAAAGAGGCCACCUAUGAAGACCUCCUUGGCCAAGCGGAUCCCGAGAGUGAACCACAACACGUUGAGCAAGAGCCCCUCGCCCAAGAUGUGAGUGAAGACAUGGAUAUCGAUGAUGAUUCGAGUGAGGGUCUUCCUUCAGAGUACCACCGCUUGAAAGCUCAUAUCGGAUGGCAUGUGGACAGUAGGACUCGAAAAGAAACCUGCCUCGACGACGAGAAGGAAAUUCCUUUCGAUCUGAUUCCCUCUGAAGAGAGGGAGCUCUACAGGGCCGCUGAGGACAAGGAGUGGCAGAAUAAGAAUGCUGGUCUGAAGGAUCCUUUUGACAACGACUUACCCGUGAAGGCCAAGGACUCAAAGGUCUUCAUGAAGCCAGUAUACGGGCGUCCC